GAGAAAGGGAAUGACAAAAGUAGCAAAACAAACGCUUACAAAGGGAAUCAUUCCCAUUCCCUUUCCCUAUUACAGCGAACCAAACGGCCCCUUACUUCUUGAUUUUAAAUGGUAAGAACUACCGCAAUGGAUUGGAGGGAUCUAAUCUUAAUUUACCGGAUCCAAAAUUUAAAGAUCCAAAUUUUAUAGAGUAAACAAAUUCAAUAUUUUUUUUUUUAACAAAUUUGCUACUUAUAUAUCGACUUUUCAUGAGCAGGCGGGAAAAACGGUCAUCUAAAAUUUUGAACGCCUUUCUCUAUCCUAUCCAACUCCCCCACACAGCUCCAAUCGUCCAUCUUCCAAGAACAACCAAAAUCCCCAAAUUUCUUAUCUCAAUUUCAAUUUUCCUUCACUUUCUUCCAUUACCCACAUUCAAUUCAAUAGAACUACAACGAAUCGCGACAAAAGUACCAAACCCUAAUUCAAUUUUAGGGUUUUUUUCCAUCUCAAUUUCCCCCAAAUUCAAAUCUUUUAUUAGGGUUUCAGUAGAAACUUCAGUCAUGUUUUCACAAUAAUGGAGAAUGCGAUUCUAUUAGACGAAUUAUGGAAAGCGAGAGUCAAGACCCGAAUAGUGGAAGUGCUGGAAAUUUCAAUGUCAUUCAUACUGUUCAAGCGCAUAGAGACCUUGAAUCUAAUUGGGCCGUCGAUCUUGCAAAAAACCUUGAAGAUUAUCUUUUGAAGAUUUGUUCUGGUGAAAUAUCUGGAGGAGAUGAUGCCCAUUUCUCCGUUAAUUUUGCUGAAGCUGCUUUGUUGCUUCAAGGUUCGAUACAAGUGUAUAGUCGUAAAGUUGAGUACCUUUACAACUUGGUAUUGCAUGCUUUGGAGUUUGUUUCUCAAACAAGAUCACAAGAAAAUGUGGGAAGCACCUCAGAUCAGCCUGAAGCAAGUUCAUCCCAUGCAGUUCAUGACGAGGAAGAUCAGUUUUGGGUCUCAGAUGAUAUUCCUGUGGAUGCGAAAAAUUGCCUGGAUAAUGUGACCAGCAAAAACACCUCUUUGGACCACUUUGUAAAGCCACCUGCUAACUUAGUUGUACUUGAAGGUGAUUGUUUAGAUUCUACUGAUGAUGGUGAACUGGAAUCAUACCUGUUGGCCACCAACAAUCUCUAUUGUGAUUUUAUCCUCUUAGACCCAUGUGAUGCAGUGGCAGUAGAUAAGUUUCUGAAGGAUGAUAAAACUGGUGAAAGACAGCAUAGUAGCCACAGAGAGAGCUCAUUGAUCUCAAAAGCUCAUAAAAGUUUCCUGUCUCCUGCCAGAUACACUGGAGGGACAGCCCGCAAGUCUUCUUCCAAGAAAGGGUUGGAUAAUUUUGGUCAGGCUUUGCCUCUUGGCGAGACCAGCAGAAAUUUAAACGAAGAUUUUGAGCAUGGUCCUUCUAAUAAUGGUAUUUCUGAUCAUGGUGAAUAUGGAUUUGAAUCAGAUGAUAAUAACCCACAUCACGAUGAUUUUGAUGACUCUGAUGGUGAUGAUGAUGAUCCUUGGAAGCCUUUGAAUCCCCAUGAACCUGGAAACUUAAAAGUGAAGCCAUUCAGAAAAGUUAAAACUCUCAAGAAGACAAGGAUGAGGAAGAAUGUCAGUGUAGCUUAUCAGUUUCCCCUAGCAAAGCUGCAUGGAACAGUUAGUCCCGAGCUCACAGAAAUAUGGGAGUUGCACUUUCGUACUUGUAAAAAUCAAGAAGAAUCACAACCAGUUCCAUUGUUUGAAAAGCUGCGCCAAACACUUGUUGGAGGGCAUUUGAAUCCUGAUACAUUUUACACUCCUGAGAAUGGUGAAGCAGAAGAUAUUUCGGAUGAUGGGAUCCCUGAUUUUGAUCAAAAUGAUUUUGACAUGCCAGAUGUCAAUUAUAUGGAUGAAGGAGUUGAUUUUAACACAGAUAAGCAUGAUGAUUUUGCUGAUCACUAUGAUGCUGCCAAUGCUGAUGUAAAUGAGGAUCCAACUUCUCAACCUAGCUUGGAAGAUCUAUGUCGCGCUCAUCUGGAUUCACUUCUUGCUAGCAUAGCUGAAAAUGAGACGCAGACUGAGUUGGCUGCUCGGGUUUCAUCAUGGAAGCAAAGAACAGAACAUGACUUAGAAGAGGAAGACUCACGCCAACCAUUUGACAUACAUGAAUAUGGUGAAGCAGUGUUGGACAGAAUAUCUCAAAGUGAAGAUGAAAGUGUUGUGUCCUUCACAGAUGUGGUGAAGGGACAAAAGAAACAUGAUAUUGCACGGACUUUUUCUGCGCUUCUACAACUGGUAAAUGACAGAAAAGUUGACCUAGAUAGGAGCACUUCAACAAAUGAUUCGUUUUGUUACACAGCUGUGAAUCCAUUUCAUGUCAGACUUCUUAGCCAUGCCAAGGGGCCGAAGAAAAUGCAAUUUCAGAUGUCUAAGAAGAGGCAAAAAUCUCCCAUCAAACGUGGAUGCAACAAAGAUAAAAUUGACCGCUUGAGCAGACAUCCCUCAACUAUUAGCUCACCAUCUUCCAGAUCUAAAUCAAGAUCUAUUUUAGCGCAACCAAAUUGUAAAUAUUCUUUGAAGCUGGAGAAGGGUGGGCUGGGGUGCACUCCUGAUGGGAAGCGCAGGCGAAGAUCUCGGGUAACUGAGUCAGUUGACUUGAACUCAGCAAGAUGACAUGAUAUUCGAGAACAUCAUCUUUGUAGUGUAUUCCCAUACAACAUUCCAGUGAUGAUUCAUAGCUUUAGAUUAGCUAAUACUGACCAUUUAGCGCCUUCGAGAUUGUCUCUUUCGGUCAUAACUUAAAUCAGUAUAUGUAAUUGUAAGUCAUUAAUCAUUGUAACAUCUUUUAUCAGCAAGUGUAGCUGUAUCCAUUCCAUGUAAUAUAUGUAUUACAUUCUUAAUCUUUAAUAGGAAAAAUUGGUUUUAAUAACCCAAAUUUUAGGUCAUUUACUUUAAUUCUUUAAAUAAUCUCAAUUUUCAAUUAUUCUGGAAUAAUUCCAACUUCGGGGGGCAUUUUUUUUUAACAUGUCAAAUGACCACUGACCUAAUUUAAAGGUUACUCCCUCCGGGUUU